AUGGGAUCGCAUAAUGAGAGAGUUGAAGAGCAAUCGGCAGUAGACAUAAAUGACAGCAUUAUGGCUGCGAUGGGUGCCAGUAUUCAGGUUGUUCACGGUGCUAUGAAUACCAUAUAUUCGCAAUUUGAAAAGACAGAAAGACAAAUACUAGAAAUGAAGACAGGAAUGCCACAGUUGUUACAGCGCAUGUACAAGGCCAACAUAGAGAUUGCGAGUACAUUCAAACCAGCUGGAAAUGGCAAUGUCCAUAUGUCAUUGAUGAUCCACAACAAGACGAAGCUUCCGGUUUAUGCCAUGACUGGUGUAUUAGAGUUUGGAAACAGCGAGAUUGACGUUGUAUAUCAAAGUGCGCAUCUACAGCAGGAUGACGGGGAAGCUUUACCCAAUCUGUUUGAAUCGCCAUGCAAACUACCGCCACAGACAUGCUACAAACAGGACAUCGAGAUCCACAUCAACGAGAUAAAGCAGUGCAAUGGCAUCAUUACACUGAGUAUCCAUCACCCGCUAGCAACACAAGGGAGCAUUGUGAUCAAGGAAACAUUUGGGCUGUACUUGAUUGACCAGUUGAAAAAAGAAUUUCUAGACAACAGCACCAGCGGCAAAGCCGAUUUGGAGUUAGUGGAUACCUUGUGCUAUCCAGUGGCAUUUUUUCGAGACAUUUUCGAGAUCCAAGCUAUAAAAGGCAUAAAUUCUGGUAUGUGUGUUGCAUUAUCGUCGCCAAAGUACAAAAUCGUCUGCGAAGUUACAAGCCUGUCUGAAGAUUUGGACUUUGUGGAGGUGGCAUUCACCAGCAAUCAUCCCACAUUCGCCAAACAGUUGAUCAAAGAGCUGAGCAUCCUGGGUUGUGAGUAA